AUGGAGAACGACAAGGGUGAUCUCGUCGACCUUUACGUCCCGCGCAAGUGCGCCGCGACCGGCCGUAUUAUCGAGGCCAAGGAUCACGCAUCCGUGCAGAUCGCCGUCGCCGAUGUUGACGCCGAGGGCCGCGCUAUUCCAGGGUCCAACACGAUUUUUGCGCUCAGCGGCUUUGUCAGGCGGUCCGGCGAGAGCGACGACUCGCUCAACAGGCUUGCGACGCAGGAGGGCUUGCUCCGCAACGUCUUCAGCUACCAAAAGUAGAGGCACAUCUGCGGCGCACUUCGUGGCACUUGUACUAUCAUCCGCUUGAUCGACUGCAUGCACAACAGCAUCAUGUCCUUUGUG